AUGGCGGACCUGCCCACGGCGAUGCUCUCCUGGGCCUGGUUCGCCGCGACGGAGGCGUCCUGGGUCGCGGCCGUCGUCGUCCCGCCGUCGGUCCGCUUCGUGAACAACGCCCUGGGCCUCUGCCUCUUCGUGGCCUUCACGCUGCUGAGCCACGCGUGGAUCCACCGGUGCUACGUCGUCGGCACGUUGCUGGCCCCCUACUUCCUCGACCUCGAGUUCGAGGCCGAGCGCAUCGACGCCCAGAUCGCCUGGGACCCCGUCUUCACGUCGUUCCUCGCGUCGCUCCGCGAGCCGCGCGACGUCUGGGCGCGCUGCUACGACCUGGGGCGCGUCGGCCGGCGCCUGCGCCAGUGCGGCUACGUGCCCGUGAUCCAGAUCGUCCUCGACGUCCACCGCCUCACGCUCUUCACGCCGCCGCCGUCGCGGCGCAGGGAGGAGCGCGCGUUCAUGAUCAAGCACGCGACCGUCACGCUGUCCAACGCCUGGCACCCGGACCACCGGCUGAAGAAGAAGCGGCGCCUGCGCGACCUCGUCAAGGGCGCGCGGCCGGCCCUCGCGCGCACGGUCUCGAAGAUGCCGUCGAUGAAAUCCCCCAAGAACGGUUCGCCGAAGCCGCCGGCGCGGUCGCCGCCGAAGGCGACGCCGAAGCGGAGGAGCGACCCGUCGGCGCCGACGACGCCGACGCGCACCCUGCGGUCCGCGUCCGAGCCCGUCGCCAAGUUCUUCGCCGGCGGGCGCAGGCACGUCACGGGCUACCUCACGCCGUCUAAGACCCCCGGGGCCGAGCCGCAAACCGCGCCGCCGGCGGCCGACGCGUCGCCCGCGCUCGAGCCGGCGUCGAGCCGCUUCCUCACGAUCCACGUGGACCUGACGGACCUCAUCGUCAACGUCGUCGCCUACGACGCCAAGUUCAAGACGACGAACCUCAAGCGCGUCAUCGGCGCGCUCACGGGCGAGGAAGAAGUCGAGGACGAAGAACCCGUCGGCGACGAGGACGACGACGGCGAGGGGCUCGUGGGCUUCGAGAAGGCGACCAUCGCCGACGUCCACGUGAAUUUGUACGGCGUCCGGAGCCGCGACCGCAAGCAGAAGCGCAUCUCGAAGGCGUUCAGCACGACGUACGACGGCGUGCUCUCGAAGCUCGCGUCGUCCGCGCAGCCCAAGAACCUCAAGCACCCGGGCGGCAAGGACCACGCCUUCCAGUACGACUACCGGCCCCUCCUCGCCCUGACCAUGUCCCAGGCCACGGUCGCGCCGCGCGUCUUCCAGAGCCGGCGCGGCCUCGGCCUCUUCCUCGAGCGCGUCAUCGUCAAGGCGCUCGCGUCGACGGGCCUCGACGGCGUCAACGGCGCCUUCCGCUACGCGGCGUCGAGCGCGGAGCACGCCAUCGGCCACACGCUCGGCUCCGUGGACAUGCUCGCGGACAAGCUCGGGGGGCCGGGCAAGCACGUCAUCCAGGGCACGACGGGCGUCGCGGGCGCCGCGGGCCUCGGCGCGCUCGCGGCGGGCAAGUGCGUCGUCGGCGGCGUCACGUCCGGCGCGAAGACGGCCAUCGAGGGCGUCGCCAACGGCAUCACCAAGGGCAACGUCCGCGACGUCUCGCGCGGCUUCUACGACGGCGCGAGCGAGGUCACGGAGGGCGUCGUCGGCGCGAGCCGCGCGGUGCUCGACGGCGCCUCCGACGGCGCCCAGGCGCUCCUCGGCGGCGUCGCCGACGCCGCGCGCUACGUGCCCGGCGUCGGCCACGUCGUCGGCGGCGUCGCCGAGUCCACGGGGCACGUCGUCGCCGGCGCGCUCGGCUCCGCGGGCCACGUCGUCGCGGGCGUCGUCGGCGGCCUCGGCGUCGCCGGCCGCCACGUCGCCAAGGGCGACCUCAAGGGGGCCAUCGUCGAGGGGUCCGUGACGCUGGGCUCCGGCUUCCGCGACGCGGGCGACGAGCUCUCGUCGAAUUUGCACUCCGCGGCGAACGACGUCGCGGACGGCCUCAAGGACGGCUACAAGGCGUCGAAAAGGUUGACGAUUGAAGCCUCAAGGACAUUGACUGGUGCGGCGAGUCCCCUCCUCGGCACGCCGUCGAAGAAGCUGAACCGCAUCGUGUCCGGGCAGCCGACGGAGGAGCAAAAGGCGACGCCCGAGGCCGCGACGCCGGCGCAGGCCGGGGCGGCGACGACGACGCGGAAGAAGAAGAAGCGCGGCUUGUCCCGCUUCUUCGCCUGCAACUCGGCGCGGAAGGACCCCGCGACGAAGCAGCUCGACCUCGACUGA